ACACGGGCUGAGGCGCUGCGCUGCUGCCCAUUCCGACGACUCUCAGCAGAGAUGAGGCUAGUUUCUUUUCUUCAUCUACAGUUUUAGCAUUUAUGUUUAGACUUCGGCUGUAAACGCCGCAUUCUUUAUUUUUUCUAAAACUAUACAUUUCUAAACAUUUCUGUUGCUUGGUGGAUUACUGGCAGACUAUGGGUGACGUCCGAGACAACGUAAAACCCUUUUGCCAUCUGGGAAUUAUGAACUGACCUUGAUUAUGCCUUGGCACCUGUAAGGACGCGAGGAAGACUUGGGCGCUCACGACCCCUCUCUUGGUGACCAAAACCACUAACGAGUCCUUCUGCAGAGAGGACGAGCUGCAGCAAUGGAAACUAUUUCCAAUGAAAGUGAUAUCUGGCAACUGAACGAAUCUUGGAGGAACUCCAGCCUCCUGAACGGGACCGGCGGGCUGAAUCAAACGAACCCCCUGAAGAGGAAUGAGGAGGUGGCGAAGGUGGAGGUGACCGUGCUCGCUCUGGUGCUCUUCCUGGCGCUCGCAGGGAACCUGUGCGUCCUGCUGGCCAUCCACACCACCAAACACAGCCAGUCCCGCAUGUAUUACUUCAUGAAGCACCUGAGCAUCGCCGAUCUGGUCGUGGCCAUAUUCCAGGUCCUCCCGCAACUUAUCUGGGACAUCACAUUUCGCUUCUACGGACCAGAUAUUUUGUGCAGGUUGGUAAAAUACCUGCAGGUUGUCGGGAUGUUUGCAUCCACUUACAUGUUAGUUUUGAUGUCCGUAGACCGCUGUCUGGCCAUAUGUCAGCCUCUGCGCUCUCUGCACAGAAGAAAAGAUCGCUUCUAUGUGAUAUUUUCCUGGCUCCUCAGCCUGCUCUUCAGCACCCCGCAGAUGUUCAUCUUUUCCCUCAGAGAGGUCGGCUCAGGAGUGUACGACUGCUGGGGCGACUUCGUGAAGCCCUGGGGAGCGAAGGCUUACAUUACAUGGAUCAGCCUCACUAUCUACAUCAUCCCCGUGGCCAUACUGAGCAUUUGCUACGGUCUGAUCAGCUUUAAGAUAUGGCAAAACUUUAAGCUGAAAACCAGACGCGAACAGUGCAUCAGCCUGACCCCCAAAACCUGCAAAAGCAACACGCUGGCCCGGGUGAGCAGCGUGAGGCUCAUCUCCAAGGCGAAGAUAACCACCGUGAAAAUGACUUUUGUGAUUGUGGUGGCGUACAUCGUGUGCUGGACCCCCUUUUUCUCGGUCCAGAUGUGGUCUGCGUGGGAUCCAGCUGCGCCCCGUGAGGCCAUGCCCUUCAUUAUCUCCAUGCUGCUUGCAAGCCUCAACAGCUGCUGCAACCCCUGGAUCUAUAUGUGCUUCGCUGGGCAUCUCUUCCACGACUUGAGGCAGAACUUUCUGUGUUGUUCCGCUCGCUACCUUAAGUCAUCCCAGUGCCGCUGUGAGCAUGACUUUGACUCCAGCCACAAGAGCAACUCGUCAACCUUUGCCAUUAAGAGCACCAGCAGUCAGAGGAGCAUCACACAGACAUCCACCACGUAAGUCCCUGGCCUCCUUUUUUUUCCCCCCGGUCUCCCAAGCUGCCCACUCAGCCUCUCACUACAUGCUGCUCCCCAUAAAUUUUCCAGCGGUUCGAUUUUUUUUUUCAAAAUGCCUCUCUCUGCAAGACUUCCUGUUAAAGCCCAGAAGGGGGAAGACAACCCACACAGUCCUUUCAUUUCUGCAUAAAUUUAUUAUUUAACUGUGAAUCUGAAAACAUUAAUCAACAGAAUCUCUUUUCAUGAAUUUCAAUGAGAUAAUCACGGACUAAAAAGAGUGACUGAAUGAAACUUUUUAUAUGUUUUUUUUUUUUAUUGCUAUAUACUUGAUCUAAAUGUACAAAGCGUAUCUUAGUGUUUAUUGUGCACACAAACUGAAUAAAAAAGACUAUCUGACGAAUGUUGAUGCGCUGUAAAUUGUUACGGUUUUGUCACCAGCAAAGCUAAUGGGUCCAGUUUGUCUGUGUUGCUAUUAUGAAUUUAUUCCUCUGUUAUAAAUACGAUACGUAUCCUGUUGUUCAGCUUGUUAAAUAUUUGCACAGAUAUAAACUGUUACUUCAAGGUUUUGUUAAGUUUAUUAUGCCAUGCCUGUCUCUGCUAAACGUUGGACAAAUGGUUGAAAAACAAUAAAAGAAAAUGAAAGUAACAACAGGUUUUGAUUAUGUUAUUGUUUGUGUCCAGCUGAUGUACUUCAGCUGGGAGAAUAUCAGCCUGAUAUGAAUGUCAUCAUAUACGGUAGGGUUUUUUUUUUAUUGUGAUUAUUGGGAUGUCAACAUAUAUUUGGUGUUUAAACUGUUAAAAUAGGAAGUUAUAAGCAUCCUUAGAGGAUGUCUCAUGUAACUUAACCCCUGGAGGUCCACCGUUUUGACUCCUGAACACAUACUGUAUGUGUGCCACAAUUUCUGAAUUUUAUUUGGAGAAGUUAUGUAUGAUCUUCCUUCCGGUUCACUUUGCGUUGAUCUAUCACAUAAAAUUCCGAUUGAAAUACAUUGAAGAUCGUGGUUGUGUGAAUACCUAACCGUGCAACGAUGGCCAUUCUCUUAAUA